UAUCGUGAAAUUAUGGUUUGCCAUCCAGAAAAUUACCAGUGGGAGCGCUGGUGCUUAGAAAACAUUGCUGCUAUUCUCGGCCACCGUUUCCCCGGCAGUUACAUUUGGGUCAUAAAAUGUUCUCGCAUGCAUUUGCACAAGUUCAGCUGUUAUGACAACUUUGUGGCCAGCAAUAUGUUUGGAGCGCCUGAACACAGCACUGACUUUGGAGCCUUCAGACACCUCCAUGCUCUAUUGGUCAACGCCUUUAAAAUUGCGCAUAACUUUCUGCUGUCGCAGAAGACCACCCGUGGUUUCAGCAAGGAUGGAAAGGCUGCCCCUUACAAAUCCCCCACCGCCCCUACUACCAACGGAUGCCCAGCGGCAGAAAAGGAGCCAGACUGUGAACCUUUCAGCGAUUCAACCGUCAGCUUUAUCGAGCCUUCCGUUAUCGGCGGAGCGUCGUUCACUUUAAUAGGGUUCAGCAAAGGCUGUGUUGUCUUGAACCAAUUGCUGUAUGAACUCGAGGAAGCGAAACAGGACAAGGACCUGGCUGCCUUCAUCAAAAACAUACAAGCAAUUUACUGGCUGGAUGGUGGUCAUUCUGGAGGGAGCAAUACCUGGGUGACCUGCCUGGACGUGCUGAAAGGAUUUGCACAGACCGGGAUUGCUGUUAACGCGCAUGUCACCCCUUACCAAGUAUUUGAUACGAUGAGGUCGUGGAUCGGAAAAGAGCACAAGCGGUUUGUACAAGUCCUCGAGGAGCUCGGCGCCAAUGUCUACAGCCAGCUUCACUUUGCCGAUGAAGCCCCUUCCUUAGACAACCACUUCAGAGUCCACGAAGUAUUCUGACACUGUGAAUGUACUGUGGUAUUAUGUUAACUGCAAAAGCACAUCUCGGACUGUGAUUUAACGGUUUUGAGGCGCUGGCUUCUAAACCCUGGAAGGGGAGAAUACUAUAACGUGUACUAAUGUUUACGUUUUAUGGUAGGACUGGGCUUUUAUCAAAGUCUCGUCUUGCAUUUGCACCUGGACAGCCUCGAACCUGUGGCUUCAAGAUGAGGAUUUUUGUUUGGAUCUGUAUCACGGCUGAAGGAAGGCAA